AUGCUGAAUGAGCACUGUAAACAUUCAGCCAAUGACGGGUUCAACGAGUGCCUUGAUUUCUCGGGCUUCUACUGGCCAUCCUUGGUUGACCGUUGUCUCAUCUCAAUAUCUUCUUCCGGAUCUGUUGGAUUUUUUCAUUCUGCGUUGAGCUCUAUAGAAGAAAGAAUGCCGGAGCUUACCCAAUCAUUGACUGAGAUCUUCGACUCAUAUUCAAAGGAGGGCAAACUGGACUACAACGGAUUUAUAGAUAUUCUGUCUAAUGAGUCUUACGCCUCGCAAUAUUUCAACAACUUUUUGAGGAUUCCGAACAGUUCUCUGGGGUUAUUGUACCUUUUGGUGGACAAGGACGCCAAUGGUCAGAUUUCUUUGGAUAAUUGGUUAGCGUUUUCCGAAAAACUGUUGAACGAGGAAGAGAGUAGUAUCACCUAUAAGUUGUUCCAGAAUUUGGACUCGUCCUUCAAGGACAAGUCCGAAGAUGAGUUCAAAUCUUUGGUUUCUACCAACUUGAAUGAUCAAUUCAAGUCGCAGUUUGACAGAGUUGUGUCCGAUGAUGGUAAAAUACUCCCCGAGGACUUCCGUAACAUCGUAUCCUCUAUUUACUCUUCUAGGCUGCCAACAGCAGCUAUCGAUCAAAUCGGAAGACUUUGCACCGAAAGUUUAACCUUCAACGAGGCCGCUAGUCUGUUUGACUUUGUCCAGGCUAUACCCAAGCUAAACUACUACACGUUCAGAGCAUCCAACAACUUCAAGGACACCCUUUGCAAGGAAGAUUUCAUUGCUGCCCUCAAGGAGACAAUCAACACUGAGGACAAUGUCUCAGAUUCCUUUUUGGAUUACUACUACCAGCUGACCACAUUCAUUGUUAAUUCUACCAACCAGAAUCAUUUAUUGAAGGGUGAUCUUUUGGCUAUUUUAACGGAUGACAUGGUCACUACCGAGGAAACCGUAGAUGGUGGAUUCUCUUUGUAUCCAAUCUUAAACUCUGCAUAUUCAUUCUUGCUAGGCUCGAUAGCUGGUUCCAUUGGAGCUACCAUUGUGUACCCCAUUGACCUUGUUAAAACCAGAAUGCAAAAUCAGAAGGGUAAUGCCAAAUACAGCUCAUACUUCGACUGUUUUAAGAAAACUUUCAGAAGUGAAGGUCUCAGGGGGUUUUACUCCGGUCUGUUGCCUCAACUAGUCGGUGUUGCUCCUGAGAAAGCUAUCAAACUUACAGUUAAUGAUAUAGUCAGAAGUAUAGGUGUGAAGCAAUCUGCUAACGGAGAAAUCACCAUGCCAUGGGAGAUUUUGGCUGGUUGUUCUGCGGGUGCAGCUCAAGUUGUCUUCACAAACCCAUUAGAAAUCACCAAGAUUCGUCUUCAAGUUCAAGGUGAAGCUCUUAAACAAUCUCUUGCUGAAGGUACAAAUGUUGUCGAAAAAACUGCAGUCGACAUCGUUAGGGAAUUAGGUAUUCGUGGUUUAUACAAAGGUGCAUCUGCAUGUUUACUGAGAGAUGUACCUUUUUCUGCUAUCUAUUUCCCAUGCUAUGCUAACCUUAAGAAACAUUUGUUUGACUUUGACCCCAAAGACCCCACAAAGAACAGUUCUUUAGAAUCUUGGCAAUUAUUAGUUUCUGGUGCACUUGCUGGUAUGCCUGCUGCUUACUUCACAACACCCUGCGAUGUCAUCAAGACAAGACUGCAGGUUGAACACAAGGCCGGCGAUAUGCAUUAUACCGGUAUUUCCAACGCCUUCAAGACGAUCCUCAAGGAAGAAGGUUUUUCUGCAUUAUUUAAAGGUGGUCUAGCAAGAGUGUUCCGUUCUUCUCCUCAGUUCGGUUUCACGUUGGCCUCAUAUGAAUUGUUCCAAACGUACAUUCCAUUAUCGGCAUUCUAUCCAGAUCCAAACCAGACCAAGACUCUGGGUAAAGUUGCCGGUGCUAUCACAGAUGGGAAGGGAAACAGUUUGAACUCCCUGACCCCUGUAGAUAUUUCCAAGCUGGAUAAUGCCCGAGACGUUCACUAUUCUAUCAGUGAACACGCAAGGAAAGUCGUCAACACGUCAUUCGAUCUCAACCCAAAACUGAACAGCUUCAAUUACUUCAACUACGUUAACGAAAAGAAAUGA